AUGGCGGAGGAUGGUCAUGCCACGGCAGAGAAGAAGUCUUGCAAAUGGAUGAGAAAUAAAGAUUUUCAACCGGCGAGAGCUUAUCGACGAACGAUUCCUGUCCCGCCAAACAGAUACACGCCGUUAAAAAACUGGUUGAAAAUAUUUCCUCCUGUCGUUGAACACUAUUUACAAAUACGAUUCAAUCUUCGCUCAAGAGCUGUUGAAAUAAAGACAUGUAAAGAAACAAAGGAUUUUGGUGCAAUACAGGCUGAAGACUUUGUCCAUGCAUAUUUGGGUUUUGAAGUUGAGGAUGCCCUAGCUUUGAUCAGAUUGGAUGACUUGUUUUUGGAAUCAUUUGAUGUCACUGAUGUGAAGCCUUUGAAGGGGGUCCUUCUUGCUGCGGUGUUGCUUUGGAAAGGUGGAAAGACAAAAUUCACAAUAGAAAAUGUCACCAAGACUAGGUGUCAUUGCUGACAGGAUUGUCGUUGCUUGACUUCGGUCUUAGUAAACUUAAUAGAAAAUCUCCAUUGCCAGAAGAAACUGUCAAGAAGUUGAUGAUGAGCGAGGUUGUGUCUCAUAUCUUU